CGAUAAAUAAAUUAAUCUUCUCAACAUUCACAGUGGUAAUAUUAAAUUUUAUAACAAUAAUCAAAAUGGAGGACGUGUAUUUCGCGCCAUCGUUGUUUUUGAAUCAUGGCGGCGGUCCGUAUCCCGUUUUGGGUGAAAAAUACAAUUUGGAAAUAGCUGAGGCGUUGAAGAAUGUAUCGAGUUACGUGGAUUUGAGUCGUUUGAGGGCUAUUGUGAUAGUAACAGCGCACAGAGAGGAGGAUGUGGUGACAAUUUCAUCGGCAGAACGACAUUCCUUGCUUUACGAUUAUUACAAUUUCCCGCCGGAAAGUUAUACAUUGAAGUAUAAUGCACCAGGAGAUCCAAUUUUGGCAGCAAGAAUACACGAAGCGUUCAAAAACGCGGGAAUCGAGUCGCGCUUAGACGAUCAAAGAGGUUGGGACCACGGAGUUUUUAUACCAAUGAUGUUGAUAAACCCAAAAGCGGAUAUUCCUAUAAUACAAAUAUCUAUCUUGGAAAACCAAAAUGCAUCUCAACAUUACGAAAUAGGAAGAGUUUUGUACCAAUUUAGGAAAGAAGGCGUCGCCAUAUUUGGUUCAGGGUUGUCAUAUCACAAUAUGAAAGAAUUUCGUAAAGCGAAUCCAGAAAUUGAGAAAAUUAUUGUUAACACUGAUUUCGAUAGAUUUUUGAAUGAUGUUUGCACUGGUGAUGAAGAAAGUAGAAAGAAAAUUGUGUUUUGGGAGCAGGAGAAGGGGGCGUACGAGAGUCAUCCUUUGGGAGAAGCUGAUCAUCUCAUGCCGCUGAUCGUGAACGCGGGGGCCGGCGGAACGCAGAAAGGAAGAAAUAUUUUUGAUUCUGUAUUUUUGGGCAAAUUCAAAAUUAGCGGAUUUAUUUGGGAUUCGUAA